AGUAAUAGGCGAAGAAGAAGGAGAUGCGUAGAAGAAGAAAAAUGGCCUUUUCUAUUUCCACUUAAACGAAAGAAAGAAACCACGCUUUUGCCAAGGAAUGAGUGUUUUCCACCAGGGAGCAGUUCAACCACUGAGCUGAUACCAUGGUCGAUAACCGCUACGCUACAGCCCUGGUCAUCGGCUCCGUGCUGAGCCUGUUGGCCGCCGUGUACCUCUCGGUGGCCGUGGGAACCCAGCACUGGUACCAGUACAGCAGUCCGCCGGGCGCACACGACGGCAGCAACGCCUCUGUGUUGAGAGACGACUCAGUUGACGGAGAGUUUGACGAGAAGACCUCCAGCGAGACCUUGUAUCGCCUCAACGGCACCAUGGGACUGUGGUGGUGGUGCAUCCUGGUGCCCAGCCAGUCCCACUGGUUCAAGGAGCCAGAUCCGAAAUUUAAGAGGCAGUGUGAGCGCUUCACUCUUCCUCAGCAGUUCUUGCCAAAGUACAAACACCCUGGAAACCACAACAGUGACGAGGACCUGCUAAGGACAUACUUGUGGAGGUGCCAGUUUCUCCUGCCUCUGGUGUCUCUGGCCUUGGUGUUCCUCAGCGGCCUCGUCGGCGUUUGCGCUUGCCUCUGCCGCAGCUUCAAGCCCACCCUGGUCGUGGGUGUGCUACAUCUUCUCGCAGCACAUCACUGCCGAUGUGUGCUGCUUUCACUAACACCAUGGUUGAAAGAGGUGCUAUUUUACACUCUGUGCUCUCUGGGCAGCGUGUGCUGCUUCCUGGCCGGCGUGGAUCUCCUCCACCAGUACGCCAGGCCGCCCGAGGGGGUGGAGUCGUCGCUGGGCUGGUCCCUCUACCUCGCCCUCAUCUCCUUCCCGCUGCAGAUGAUGGCGUCCGCCUUGUUCCUCUGGGCGGCCCGCAGCCACCGCAAGAACUACACGCGCAUGAUCGCCUACAGGGUGGCUUAAAAUUCCGGCUGAUAACAAUUAAAAUCUAAAAGCAGAGUGAGCACACAAAGUGCUCAUAGUAGCCGUUACACAACAUCCAUUUGUGGUAUCGCAUCUUCACUAUAUUAGGCUUUACACUAAGAGUGCAUGCUGUAUUAUUUAUUACUUGUGUUGCUUUGGAGAUUGCCUUCUUUUAGUUGCCAUCAGUUUCACUGCUGCUCUUCGCCUUGCCAUUAACCUUUUUUGAAUUAAACCUCGUCAUCAAUACCACAAUGCUAACACAUUUCAGCAGUUUUUUUUUAAAAUUGUAACCACUUUUAUCAUGCUUUAUCCCCGAAUGUUUAUUAAUACAGUUAAUCUCAAUGGUUAAAACUGAUUGAUGUCAGUAUGCUACUGCUCACUUUGUUCUCAUGGCCAUUCACUUUUGAUAAAACCACUUGAAAUGGUGAGCAUUCCCAACUGUGGUCAAUUCUGUUGAAAUCUUUUAAAAGAGGCUAAAAUUUUGUAUAUGGAAAAAUAAACCGUGUGUGACAA